ACAUGUUUAGAUUAAAGGAGCAAAACAAAUUCAACAAUAUAACAUAAUUUGAUGUAUUUCUUUUGAAAUACUUUUCAUAAAUAUGAGUCAAAUACAACUGUGAAACUAGUCAUAUCAUAGGAGUUAGGUUCUAGUUUUCAUCAAUGCUAGUCUCACCAGACUCUAAACAUGAGGCACCAUCUGAUAGGCCUGUACACUCAUUGGAUUUGUAUUCUGUUUUGUUUUUUAAGUUGAAAAAAGAUUAUUCAAAUGCAAUCAAUAAAAAGAAGAUAAGCCAUCAUAAGGUCUGAUUGCCAAUGAGACAACUCUCUGCAAGAGACCAAAUGCCACAGAAAUUAACAACUAUAGGUCACCAUAUUGCAAGUAUUGUUUAUUCUACUAUAAAAUAGGUAAUUGGGUAUUGAUAAGAUACUAGUAUGAUUGACAACUGACAAGGUAGCAUACAUGUGAUUCUUCCGGCGGGAGUCAAAAUCUCCUGCUUUUCAGACCCUCUUCCGUCCCUCCUGUAAAAAUUUGAAAUCUUCCGCUUUUUGAAAUCAAACCCUCGAAAAAAUUUUGCACAGAAGUUUGCCUGUAAGAGGACCAAGACAACCCACAUCAUCACACAUUAGCACCACACUGGGACAGUAAAGUAAAUGACAUGUGUCGUUCUGAGAAAUUCACAGUAAUGAUAGAUGAGUCAAAUGACAAAGGUGACAACAAGAAACUCAACAUCCUUGUACGUGUAUACAACCAGACUUUACGUAUAGUGUCCACUCAGUUCUUUGGCAUCCCAACCUGCAACAUUGGAACCAGCUCAUCAAUAUUCAACUGCCUGAAUCAGGUAUUCAUUGAUAGAGACAUUCCUUGGGCCAACUGCAUUGGAUUCUCAUCUGACAACUGCAAUGUGAUGAUAGGCAAGAACAACAGUGUCCUGACUCGUAUUCAGCAGAUGUCACCAAGUGUGUUCAACGUAGGGUGUGUUUGUCACUUAGCCAACCUCUGUGCACAGAAGGCCAUCAAGACCCUGCCAUUGCCAGUUGAUGACUUCUUAGUGGACAUCUACUACCAUUUCCAUCAUAGUGAUAGAGACAUUCCUUGGGCCAACUGCAUUGGAUUCUCAUCUGACAACUGCAAUGUGAUGAUAGGCAAGAACAACAGUGUCCUGACUCGUAUUCAGCAGAUGUCACCAAGUGUGUUCAACUUCGACCAGACGAGAGAAUUACAAGCAGUUCCAAGAGUUCACAGAGACUGA